UGUCACCUGUGUCACAAGGAUCUUCCAUGGGAUCUCCCUCUUUUAGAGCUCUUUUAGAUGUUUUUAAAUUAUCAAAUGGUAUCAGCAAAAUAAUGAUGUUUGGAAAUCAUAGAAGAACUUAAAUAAGCUAGUGGAAAUAUGAACUUAAUCCCAAACAACAACAAAAAAGGGGUGUUGACCAUGCAUCCCGAAAAGAUUUGAACAAUAAAUAUACCUAACUGCUAAUGUCCAGUGAAAGUGUGAAACUAAAAUCUAAUCCCUAAAAUAUAAAAUCACGAUGCCGAACUCUACCGCAGGCGCAGCCGCUUUUGAUGAAAACUCUGAUCCUAACAACCCGGUAGUGGUGAAGUUUGAGGACAUAGAGGCUGCCGCCCACCGCAUCGCCGGUACCGUGGUGCGGACGCCCUUGCUCAAAGCCCACUUGGGUCAAGCGUAUGGCAUGGAAAUAUACUACAAAGCUGAGUUUUUUCAACCUACAGGAAGUUUCAAAGAACGUGGAGUGAGCAAUCUCCUGGCGACUCUCACAGAAGACCAAAAGAAGCAUGGCGUGAUAUCGGCCACGACCGGCAACCACGGCUCGGCCAUGUGCUACCACACCCUGAAGGCAAACAUACCGUGCCACGUCGUCAUGCCAACCAAUUCCAGUCCAAUGAAAAUUGCCAAGUGCAAGGCCAUGCUGGGAAACAGGGUUAUCAUACACGGAGAUGAUAUCAUGAGCGCCAAACUGUUCGCUCUUGAAUUAGCUAAGGAGAAGAAGAUGCUUUAUGUUAAUGGAUACGACCACAUCCGCGUGAUCGAGGGCCAAGGAACAGUGGGGCUGGAGGUGGUGGAGCAGCUGUCCACGGUGGACGCCGUGCUGGUGCCGGUGGGCGGCGGCUCUCUGCUGGCCGGCAUCGCCAACGCCAUCAAGCAUCUCAAGCCUGACACGGAGAUUUAUGGCAUUGAAACGGAGAAAACGUGCUCAAUGACGGAAUCAGUCCGAAGAGACGAGUUAACGGCAGUACCUUACGCAGACUCCAUCGCCGACGGGCUGGCGGUCAGCAUGGCGGGAGUCAACUCCUUCGCCAGCAUCAAAGGAAUGGUGGACAAAAUGGUUGUAGUAAAAGAGGAAUGGGUGAUGCGUGCUAUCAUGCAUCUUCUUGAAGACGAGAAGGUCAUGGUUGAAGGAGCCGGCGCCACGGCCUUCGCUGCGAUCAUGGCAGGCAUGUUCGAAAACCUCAAAGGGAAGAAAGUGGUAUGCAUAUGCUCCGGCGGCAACAUCGAUUCCAAAGUUCUGUCUCGCGCCAUAGAGCGGGCUUUAGGAGCUGAGGGUCGGCUGGUGAAGUUCAAGGUGACGGUGGCGGACCGGCCGGGCGGCGCGGCGGAGCUGUGCGCGCUGCUCACCGGCAUCGGCGUGGGGAUACGAGACAUGCUGCCGGACAGGACCUGGGUCAAGAGCGAUGUGUUCAGCGUUCAGCUGAAAGUAGUAGCAGAGGUGACCGGCAUGGACCAGCUGAAAGAGCUCACGGAGGUCAUAAAGAGGAACUACAAGGAGUACUACUUCCACGACUUGAGCGCCAAGACCAAGUCUGCGCCGACGCGCCGCGGCCCCUGCCUCGCGCCAAACCCCGUCUGCAUGCAGAAAUAGAUCUAACAACUAGAGAGAGUGUAAAAAAUUUAAAUUAAAAAGUGAACCGAAUAUAAA